UGAACAGAGAGAGAAACAGAAACAGAACAGAAUACAGUAAUACAUUACAGUAAUGUAAUACAAGCAAGUAAGAAUACAUACUUCUACUUGAUGCACUGAAACCAGAGCAUACGAGACCACACACCACUGCACAAUACCCGUACUCUUACUCGUACUCGCACUCUUACCCUUGCUCGUAUCAUCAACCAGAAAGAGCCAGUGAUCGACCAUUGCCUCUCACAGAGCCGAAGCAACGAUCUCCACCCGGCGUUUCGGAAUAAGGUGUAUUGAAACCUACUUCCACGUUUACAACCAGCAUUUUACGGUUCAAUACAACUGCAACUACGACUGCGACUCUUCCACACAAUGCCGAUCGCGGGAAUCAAGACGCGGACGGACCUCCAGAACGACCUGUUUUGCCUGAAAGAAGAACGAGACUUCUUCGAGAGCCGGUUUCUCGAGCAGGUCUCGGAACUCAAGGCCCUCAAGCAGGAGCUCGCAAAGUCCAAGAAGGAAAUCAGGCGCCUCAGGAUGUUUCUGAUGGACCAGGACACUGCCAACAAUCCGUUGCUCCUGCCGCCCGACCAGAUCGACGCCUUUCCCACCCCCAAAAACCACAACAAGGGGUCCUUCCGCGGGUCCUUUGGCACGCCCCGCGAAAAUGCGCUCUGCGAAGACAAGGGACACGGCCAUUACGAAGGCGAAGACGAAGGCCGCAACGAUUCCAUCCACCAGCACAUUGCCGAAAAGGACGACGCCUCGUCGCUCACGGCCGAGGAAAUCGAAGAACUGGACCAGCAAGACGAGACCCUGGAACGCGAACAAGAACGCCAACGCGACCAAGAACGCCACCGAGAGGACCUCCAGAUCCAGCAGAGCAGCAGCAGCAUCCGCACACCCUCGCGAUACGAAAGCGAUCGGGGCGAUGGGGAAGAGGAGGAGGAGGAGGAGGACGUGCGCAAGAGCGCCGAGAAGCUUCUGGCGUGGGCCUCCUACCGAUCUACGAUGUCGAACCGCAGCCUCAACGCAAGCCGCACGGGGGACCUAUCGUCGGUGGCCUCGCCCUCGGUCAGGACCUCGGGAUCGGCAAGGGUCUCCCUCCUGGGAAAGAUGAUCGAGACGGCGGAUUCCCACGAUCGGGACGACGACAACAGCCAUUGCAACAACGAUUGCAACGAGAAAAAUCUUUCCCUCGAAGAAGAAAAGAAGGACGAGGACUGCAGUAGAGGCAACGAGGUCCAAGCAAACUAGCCCCACCGAUUUCACAAAACAGGAUCGGGUAAACUGGUUGGUUCGCCAGCCAGUCGGAACGGCAAUCGUAUGCCAUAUCAUGGCAUGACACGGAAUCAAUUAUCAAUCUACCC